UUUAGAUUUUCGCGCGCCAUAUCUUCUCCUCCCGCUGCCUCUCUUCCUCUCUCUCCCCCGUUUCUGUACAAAGUUUAUGUUAUCACUGAGAGUUAGCAAUGGGGAGUUUGUCACAGAGAGAUGUUAAUCAAAUGGAUGGAAAUCAAGUGAAAGCAAAAAAUUCUGGCGGCGGAGUCUGUUUGAUGAGCAAUAUAUGGAGAGAUGAGCAGCAUCCAUCCACCAUCAAUUUUAUGUCUAAUUUCCUAAGCACAAAUUCAUUUCGCCUCAAUUUUGUUCCAAUCGCUCCAGACUUGAUAUUCAAUUGUGGGGGUUUAUCAGUGGCUUUUGCUUUUGUGACAAGUUGGGAUUGCAGCAAUACGUCAUCAAUCUUUUGCAGAGUUCAGAAGUUGAUGAAGCAGUUUGCAAAUUUCUAUGUUGUUGUUGCCCUUCCAACCAAGGAGCAGAAUGAUUCAUUUGUUCAAUCUUACUUCAGAAAUGGGAUGGAAAUUGGUAAGCCACCAUUUGUACCAGUUCAGGAUGUUGAGAUGGGCUUUGAGAAGAUUGUGAAGAUAGCACACUCCCGUGGAGCAUGCAAGCAGCAAGAUGUCAUGUCAAAACUGAGGACUGAGAGGAAGAGAUCCGUGCAAGUCAUGGAUGCUUUUCGUAGAGUCAUGUCUUCUGUACCAGGCCUUGAUGAUCAUGAUGCGAAUUCGCUAAAUCAAGCUAUUGGUUCAAUCGAGGCAAUCGCGAAAGCAUCCAAGGAGUACAUUUUGGAGAACACAGAUCUGUCAGUGGACAAGGCAGAGAGAAUUAGGAGCUUUUUCAGGGAUCCAAAGUUCUACCUCAGUCCCAAAAUAAAUUGAUGAUAUUGGAAAUGGAAAUCUCUUGAUGAAUUCCUCGGAAGAGUUUCCAGGUCAGUCAAAUUUUAGCAUUUCUUUUGCUGCGUACCUUUGGAUUCAAGUUCAGUGAAACCUGGCCUAUGUUUCUGCACACACUCACACACACCCAAGGAAAUGCUAUGAGAAUCGUAUAGAAGAGUUAAGUUGGUAUACAUUCAACAUGGUUGAAAUUAUUGUAAGAAAACAACAUUCAACAUGGGAAAAUGUCAAUCUCGGCAUUCCUGGUUGGUCGGUGGGUCCAAUUAUGUGGUAAUAAGACUAUAAUAAGCAAGUGAAAUUUGAAGAGAAUAGCAGUUUCCAAGCGUUUAGGGUAAAUACUGAUGAGUCAUCUUUCAACAGCCUAGGUUACGUUUUAAACUGGGCGAGAGGGAUGGAGAAAGAAUCUACCACUUUGCUGUUUCCUAAUAUAAUAAUAUCCGUUGCUAAGCCUGAGGAUGUAGGAAUAAUGUCUUGUAAUCAAGUUUGACUCAGUUUAAACUGUUAACCCAUUCAGAUUAAAAUAUGUAAAUGCUAGCUUUUGUCA